AUGACGCUUGGCUCAGGAGGAUCGAGUGUCGUGGUCCCUAGGAACUUCAGAUUGCUGGAGGAACUUGAACGUGGUGAAAAAGGUAUUGGUGAUGGAACUGUAAGCUAUGGAAUGGACGAUGGGGAUGAUAUCUACAUGCGUUCCUGGACUGGCACUAUCAUUGGUCCUCACAAUACUGUACAUGAAGGUCGAAUUUAUCAGUUGAAGCUGUUCUGUGAUAAAGAUUACCCAGAGAAGCCACCAAGUGUUCGAUUUCAUUCGCGGAUCAAUAUGACUUGUGUUAACCAUGAAACUGGGGUGGUGGAACCAAAGAAGUUUGGACUUCUUGCAAAUUGGCAGCGAGAGUACACUAUGGAGGAUAUACUGACGCAGCUGAAGAAGGAGAUGGCAGCCCCACACAAUCGGAAGCUAGUCCAACCUCCUGAGGGUACCUACUUUUAG